AUGAGUAUAGAAACAACAAACACAGAGGAAUCACCUAGUUUAAAGCUUAUAGAAGUAGAAAUGACCUCAGUUGAAACUCAAUGUAAAACAAAAGCAAUAACAACAACUAGAAAUGUAGCAAAGAGUAUAGAAGGAAUUAAAACAACUCAAGAAGAUGUAUUAGAUUUAACAAAAUCACUAGAUGAUA